GACAUUCUAACUGGCUUUCGGCGGCCGGCGGGACGGACGCAGUUCUCGGCCCCAAGGUGCCGUCAGACGUGUCGAAGGGACGGUUGUUUUCGUGUUUGCGCGGCGUGGCUUACUGAAAACACCCAGCCGCCAACUCAGCAAGUUUUCGGUGGUGGCAAGCGGCGGUGAAACAAAGACCAUCGAAAGAAGUAAGCGAUCCCAGUGCGACGGAUUGCAAGGAAGUCGAACUUCAAGACCAGAACUGUUGCAGAAGUGGCUUCAAGUCGGCAGCAGAGACUCCCUACCAGUGUUACCAACAGUGGGAACUUUAUCGGACCUUAGACAGUGGCUGUUGACAACUCCAACGAACUCUGACAAUUAGCGAAGCCGCAAAGAGGGACUGGCAGCGGCCGAUGCGGUGCUAAGCUGGCUCCGCCGCCGCCGCCGCCACGCCACCGCCCGCCGCCGCCUCGCACCAUGCUACUGGAGACCAUGCUACCCCACCUGGGCUACGGCGGCAUGCCCUUCGGCAUGCUCUUACCACGUCCUCUGGUGCCUCUUCCGUUCCCGGUGGCACGACCCAAGCCGAUGCCGGCGAUGGAAGGCGGUCACCCGGGAGGACUUCAGUUUGGCGUGCAGCGAAUCCUGACAGGUCACCUGACUGGUCAUUUGACGGGUCAUCUGACGAGUCAUCUGACGCCACCCGGUCAGGGGCACAACAAGACGGAAGAGAGAUGCGAGAAGGAUAUGGAUGAGGAGUUUGAAGACGGUGAGGACGCCGCCGCCAAGCGACGUCGCUCGAGGACCAACUUCAACAGCUGGCAGCUGGAGGAACUGGAGCGGGCCUUCCAGUCCGGUCACUACCCCGACGUGUUCAUGAGGGAGGCGCUGGCGAUGCGACUGGGUCUCACCGAGAGCAGAGUGGCGGUUUGGUUCCAGAACCGGCGGGCGAAAUGGCGUAAGAAGGAGCACACGAAGAAGGGACCGGGGAGGCCGGCGCACAACGCCCACCCGCAGACCUGCAGUGGUGACCCCAUAUCACCGGAGGAGCUGGAGCGAAAGGAGGCCGACAAGAGGGAGCGUAAGCUGGUGAAGCAGCUGGAGCGUCAGCAGCGUAAACUGGCCCAGAAGGGCAUCCACGUUGAACUCGCCACACUUCGCGCCGAGUGGGAAGGCCGUCAGAGGCGCGAUGAGCCAGAGAUUGACGUGGUUUCCACCGGAGAACCCGUCGAACCGCCAUCAGACGAUAGCCAGCCACCGGUUAGUAAUGUUGGUAACACGACCAAGAAGGCGUCGUUGUCGCUGUUCAGCAUCGAAAGUCUGCUAGGCGAGAGCCGACCGGAACCUCGCCAAAGGCCGGUGAGCGGACCUCCAACAGGUCCUCAGCAAGACUGCUCGGCUCAGCCAGACUGCAUGCCGAAGCCAGACUGCGGGCCACAGUCAGACAGCAUGCCCCAGGCAACGCUGAUCCAGUGUGGUCAACAAGAAGAACGCGCACCUCAGCUAAUGCUGACCCAGUCUGAGCCUCAGGUUGAAACGAACCCAAAGGCCUCCGCCCCAGCUGAAGUUCUUCAAGAACCAGCUGGUAAACAUGCCACAGCGCCUGCUUCCGGAGUGGGGAUCCCUCCAGGACUGCUGAGAGUAAGAAGCCUGAGUGCCAGCAAUGAGAUGCCCAUGAACGAAAGCUAAGCAGGUGUCCAUUCGUUGUUGUUGUGUUGUUGCUUUCUUGAGAGAUGCCAAUGUAACUGUCGCGAGUCCUAUCUGCUUUGUUUAAGUGAGUGGUUAACAAGU